ACGGACGGAGGGAGGGAGGGAGGGACGGACGGACGAUGCCCGGGAAGCUGAAGGUGAAGAUCGUGGCCGGCCGCCAUUUGCCGGUGAUGGACCGGGCCAGCGACCUCACCGAUGCCUUCGUGGAGGUGAAGUUCGGGAACACGACGUUUAAAACGGAUGUGUAUCACAAGUCCCUCAACCCGCAGUGGAACUCCGAAUGGUUUAAAUUUGAGGUGGACGACGAAGAUCUCCAGGACGAGCCCCUGCAGAUCACCGUCCUGGACCACGACACCUACAGCGCCAACGAUGCCAUCGGCAAAGUCUACAUCGACCUGGACCCGCUCCUGUACAGCGAGGCGGCCACCGUCAUCUCCGGCUGGUUCCCCAUCUACGACACCAUUCACGGUAUCCGUGGAGAAAUCAACGUGGUGGUGAAAGUGGAUCUCUUCAACGACUUAAACCGAUUUAGACAAUCCUCCUGUGGAGUCAAAUUCUUCUGCACCACGUCCAUCCCCAAGUGUUACCGAGCCGUCACGAUCCACGGGUUCGUGGAGGAGCUGGUGGUCAACGAAGACCCCGAGUAUCAGUGGAUCGACCGCAUCCGAACCCCCCGGGCCUCCAACGAAGCCCGGCAGAGGCUCAUCUCCUUGAUGUCAGGCGAGCUGCAGAGGAAGAUCGGGCUGAAGGUCCUGGAGAUGCGCGGGAACGCCGUGGUCGGCUACCUGCAGUGCUUCGACCUGGAGGGCGAGUCGGGGCUGGUGGUCCGCGCCAUCGGGACGGCCUGCACCCUGGAGAAGCUGACGACGGCCGCCCCCGCCCAGCCCGCCUGCAACUCUCCCUCCAGAGAGACCAAGGAGAUGGCCUUCAGUGAAGAGCCCAAUCCCAACACUCACUCUUCAGGACCCUCCACCCCUCUGAAAAACCAAACCUAUUCCUUUUCACCUUCCAAGUCCUACAGCCGCCAGUCCUCUUCUUCUGACACAGAUUUGAGUUUGACACCCAAGACGGCCCCUCCCCCGCAGAGGCGUGGGAUUUCCCCGUACCCCAGCUCCCCCCACCCCAUCUCUGGAGGUCCCCCUCGUCUUAAAAAAUCCCGCCUCCGUCUCCCCGGACCCAGGCCUCCCCCCCGCCGGUCUGACCGUUCGAGCCCCGCCGUUCUGAGGGAAGGCGUUUCUUUCAGCGAAGAGCCGUUCCUCGCUGCUUCCGGGAUGGGCAGCGGCAGCGCCGGAAAGGAGGGCGGCCCCUUGAAGGCUCUCUUAAGGCAGCAGACGCAGUCGGCGCUGGAGCAGAGGGAAUUUCCAUUUUUGACUCUGACGGCCUUCCCCCCGGGCUUCCUGGUCCACGUGGGCGGCGUGGUCAGCGCGCGCUCCGUGAAGCUCCUGGAUCGCAUCCACAAUCCGGAUGAACCGGAGACCCGGGACGCCUGGUGGGCCGAAAUCCGACAAGAGAUAAAGUCCCACGCCAAAGCGUUGGGUUGUCACGCCGUGGUGGGCUACAGCGAAUCCACUAGCAUUUGCGAGGAGGUCUGCAUCCUGUCGGCGUCGGGCACGGCGGCCGAGCUGAACCCCCGGUUCCUGCAGGACGGCACCGUCGACGGAUGUUUGGAACGAAGGCUAGAAGAGACCUUGUCCUUAAAUUGCGGAUUCUGCCACAUCCCGUACGACGAGUUGAACAUGCCGUUCCCGGCCCACCUCACCUAUUGCUACGGCUGCAGGAGGCAGAAGGUCCCCGACGUCCUGUUCGCCACCAUUGACCUCCCGGCCGACGCCACCGUGGUUGGGAAAGGCUGCCUCAUUCAGGCCCGGUUAUGUCGUCUGAAGAAGAAGGCCCAGGCAGAAGCCAACGCGACGGUGAUCAGCAACCUGCUGCCCUUCAUGGAGUACGAGGUGCACACCCAGCUGAUGAACAAGCUGAAGCUGAAGGGCAUGAACGCCCUGUUCGGGCUCCGGGUGCAGAUCACGGUGGGAGAGAACAUGCUGAUGGGCCUGGCGUCGGCAACGGGCGUCUAUCUCACGGCCCUGCCGACGCCCGGCGGGAUUCAGAUCGGCGGGAAGACGCCGAACGACGGCUCCUACGAACAGCAUAUUUCCCACAUGCAGAAGAAGAUCAACGACACGAUCGCGAAGAACAAGGAGCUGUACGAGAUCAACCCUCCCGAAAUCCCCGAAGAGAUGAUCGGCUCCCCCAUCCCCGAGCCCCGCCAGCGAUCGAGGCUGCUGAGGUCGCAGUCCGAAAGCUCCGAUGAAGUCGCGGACCUCGAUCUUUCGCACGGGAAAAAGGAUGCUUUCGUGUUGGAGAUAGAUGACACGGACGCCAUGGACGAUGUCCACUCCCUGCUCACGGACGUCCCCCCGCCGGCGGGUUUUUAUAGCUGUAACACCGAAAUUAUGCCUGGUAUAAAUAAUUGGACGUCGGAAAUACAGAUGUUCACCUCGGUAAGAGUGUCCAGGUUAAGCAAUAUUAAUCUGACGAAUCAGACCCUUAACAAGAACUUCAAUGACCUCUGUGAGAAUCUGCUGAAGAGCCUGUAUUUCAAGCUUCGCUCAAUGAUUCCCUGCUGCCUGUGCCACGUGAAUUUCACAGUAGCUCUUCCUGAAGAUGAAUUAAUUCAGGUCACAGUUACUGCCGUCGCCAUCACGUUCGACAAGCAUCAAGCUUUGCAGACUGUUAAAAGUAAUGCUGACAAGUCACUGCAGACAGCCUCCACAGACAACGAAGAGCUCCUGCAAUUCCCUCUGGAACUGUGUUCAGAAUCAGUUGCCUCUCAACCUUUCACACCGGCUAAAGAACCCCCGGAGAGUACCAGUUCUAACUCAGGUAUACCAGCCGCCCACAGAGCAACGUCAGUUGAUUACAGUUCCUUUGCAGACAGAUGCAACAGCUGGAUAGAGCUCAUUAAACUGAAAGCUCAGACCAUAAGGCGCGGAUCGAUUAAGACAACGGCCCCGGCGGAGAGAGGCAGCCCCCCGCCCGAGAGCCAGGCCCGCCAGCGCUCGGCCCCGGCCUGCCCCACCGCCACCGUGGGGGUGGUCAAGAUGACGCCCCUCUCCUUCAUCCCCGGGGCGAAGAUCACCAAGUAUCUCGGGAUCAUCAAUAUGUUCUUCAUCCGAGAGACCACUUCGCUGCGUGAGGAAGGCGGCGUCAGCGGAUUUCUCCACGCCUUCAUCGCGGAAGUGUUCGCCAUGGUGCGGGCCCACGUGGCCGCGCUGGGGGGCAACGCCGUGGUCUCCUACAUCAUGAAGCAGUGCGUCUUCAUGGAGAAUCCAAACAAGAACCAGGCCCAGUGCCUCAUCAACGUCAGCGGGGACGCCGUCAUCUUCGUCCGCGAAUCCGAAUCGGAGACGGCGCCGGCCACCGGCUACCAGCCCGCUCCGGCCACCCCGGCGGCCACCCCGGCCCCCGUCACCGCCUGAGCCGCGCGCCGGACGGUCCCGGAGCCCACCCCCUCCUCCUCCUUCGGAUCCCGCGGUCAUUCGUCGGGUCGCACGUCCGGGACCUCGGGGGGGGGGGGGGGGGGGGGGGCAGACGGACACCCGGAAGGGCUCCGGCCGACGAGAGGUGCCCUCGGCCCGUCGAAAUCCAGCCGGGAGCCGGGGGCGGGGGAUCCGGGCCUGGCGGACACCCGCCCGGACGGCGGGAGCGUCAAGCCAGUCUCGGCCGCUGACGACGACGCUCCGGAAGGAGGGAGGGCGAUGGGAGCGGGCUCCGCAUUUUUCCAAAUAAGUAAAUCACCAAGCAGGUCAUUUACCUAACCGGUGAUCGACCAAAUAAGACGGGAAGCCAACCCGAGAAGCCCCGGCCCGGCUGCCCCGAGGCCACGGAGGGCAGAGCGUCCGACACGGCGACGGGGUUCUCUCUCUUCGGAGCGGGAAGCCGGAGAGACGGUUCUGGGAAGCUGGGGAGCCAAACCCGAAAAGCUCCUAGUCGACUGAGCAAUCUGGUGACCGCCGAAAGGGGAAGCAGUUUCUUUACAAGCCUUUGUUGUUGUAUUUUAACUUUCGAAACGCUUGAAAGUAUAAUAAUUGUUAGGCCAGGACUGUCGUGACGCAGAAGGGAGUUUACCGGUGUCAGUGCAUUUCGUUGUAAGCGUCUGUCAUUUUUGAGGGAAUGGAAAGGUUAAUUUAUGGCUUACUCCAGAAAUACAGAUAUUUUGUUCGGUCGGUCCUGGCUGGGUAAAUUGGAAAGCAAGAUAGGUUUCCUGUAGCAUUCCUUUCUAGCAGGCCAAGUCCAAUUCUGGGAAGAAAAAAAUAAUUGGAGAAAAUAGAGGCAGGGAGAAAAGCACAUUUCUAGCCAACUCUUCGACUUGGGUUAAUUAAAAUAAAAAGGAAAGAUGUAGAUCGGUUGUGGAUGGUGAGGUUUGGACCGCGCUGGAUGUGGAAUGUGGAAUACGAAACUUGAAUGUAAAUAUGCUGCAGCGUUGACUUAAGGCAUAGGAAUGAUUCGUUUCUGUCAAUGCCAAAUUCCCAAUGUAAAUGAUCGUCCCAAGGCACAUUCCUCUUUGCACAAUAAAAUUUCUUUAUGAAACUUCA